GCACAUAAAUAUAUUUUAAAUAAAUUGCAACUGUGACAUAAUAAUGAUAAAAAAAUCCUAAUAAAUUACAUAUGCCAUUAUGCUCAGAUUGUGUCAAAAUCUUGUGAGGCAGAUUUUCUUCAAAAACUUUUACUGUAUGUUAAUUUCUGAUAUUCAUCGUUGCAAGCCAUGCUGCGAUGAUGAUGAUGGCUGAACCAUACGCUCCUCUCCCCUUUCACAUUAUAUAUUUUUGGAUGAUCUUUAUUGUAUUUUUACAAAUCAUAAGUAAAUAAAAGUGUGUAGAUCCUAGAUCAGAAGAAAACAAGGUGGAGGGAGGUGUUGCAUGAUCCCAGCUGCCCCAAGUGCCUGAGAGGAGCGGACAUUUCAGCCGUGGCUUGCGAUGAUGUGCAAGCUAUGAGUUCAAAAAGGAAAAGAAAGCAUGAAAGUUCAAGGAACACUACUGAUGAAAAAGAGAUACCACAAGGUUCAGCAAACUUGGUUGGAUUUUCUGGAGACAUCACAAGAUCUUCAAAUAAAUGCAUCAAAGUGGAGAGAACAAGGCUGGCAAAAAGUUUUUAUAAUAAAGAUUGUGAAACACUUGCCAAAGCAUUACUGGGGAAGCUCUUGGUGAGACACUGCAAAGACACUGGGGAAAAGCUGAGUGGCUUGAUUGUGGAGACAGAGGCAUAUCUUGGAGGAGAGGACAAGGGCGCACAUUCCUACAAUGGAAAAAAGACGACCAGGAAUGAAGCCAUGUACAUGGAACCGGGGACGUGCUAUGUGUACAAUAUAUAUGGGAUGUACUGCUGUGUAAACAUCUCCAGUGAAGGUGAAGGUGCUGCAGUAUUGCUUCGAGCCCUGGACCCAGUGGACGGACUAGAUCACAUGCAGAUAAUCAGGUCACAGAAAACAAUGAAAGAAAAAGAUCUUUGCAAUGGCCCAUCGAAACUCUGCCAGGCUCUGAAAAUCAGCAAGGAUAAAUUUAACAAAGUAGACCUGACAAAAUCUGAUGAAAUUUGGCUGGAGGAAGGAGAAGAUGUUCCCAAGACAAAGAUAGUGACAAGUGCCCGAAUUAACAUCGACUAUGCUGAGGAGUGGGCAAAGAAACCACUACGAUUUUAUGUACUAGGGAAUAAAAGUAUCAGUAAGAGGGAUAAACCUGCAGAGGCCAGUCGACCCGAAGCAGACUGAUACUAAUUAUUUAAUAGAAGAUAUAACAAUAAAAUGACAUAUCAAUUUAUACACAUAUCUGUGGACAGCAAUACCAUAUAUUUGGAAAUUUUGGCAUGCUGGAAAUGUUGGCUUUUUUUUUAUUUUUUGUCACCAGAAAAUAAAUGCACCAGAAUUUCUAUUCAUAUUUGAAUGAUGCAUGUGUUAGAUGAAAUUGCGCAGAAAUAUAAAGCGUUAAGAUUUCAAACUACUUUUUUGAGAAAUAUCCACUAAAUAUUCCCAAUGCCAAAUUUACCCGAUAUAUGGUAUACAUGUAUAAUAUAAGAAAAAUACUGUGUCACAAGAUGUUUUGGAUAUUGGGAUCAGUUAUGUUGUGCACUAUCCCUCACAGCAAAAUCAGUCUUAGACACUAUCUUUCCUUUUCCCAUGCAACAAAUGAAUUCCAGAAACUUGAUUUACUUUUUCACUAGACCUUGGUACAUGCACUUAGAUAUCGGAAAUCAUCAUUGCUAAUAAUUUGUUAUGCAUAUCUUGUUGCAAUACACGAUCAGUUUUAUAAAGUGUUUGUAUGUAUGAAGUGUUUGAAGAAGAGGUGUUAGCCUGGAAGGUGAUUUUUUAAAUCAAUUUUAUUCAUUACAUGUAUUUCAAGAAUUAUGGAAAAAAAUAUUCCGAUUUUAUUAAAAUUAAAAUUAUGCAUUUCUUAAAGCUGUGAUAUGUAAUUGAUCAUACUAUUAGAAUAAGGACCACCAGCAAAUGUUACAUUUCUGUGUUAAACUUUUUAUUAAUUAAAGCACGUACUUAAGUAACACA